AUGAAGGAAGGCGUUGUCACACCGCCAGAUUCGGAGAAGGAUCUACAUCCUACCGAAGGGUCGCUCGAUACUAAGGAAGACGUUGAGGAAGCGCAUAUCCAGUUGAGCAAGAGUAAAUUCCUACUCGUGCUUAUAGGCCUGGUCUUGGCUAUCUUUCUUGCUUCCCUCGACUUCACUAUCAUCUCUACAGCCAUCCCUAAGAUCACCGAAGAUUUCAGCAGUCUUCAGGACAUCGGCUGGUAUGGUUCAGCCUUCUUUAUCACCACGGCUGCGACUACCGCACACUGGGGACGACUCUACACUUUCUUCCCCUUGAAGUGGACAUAUCUCACUUCGAUCUUCUUCUUUGAGUUGGGUAGUGUGAUAUGCGGCGCUGCUCCAAACUCUACAGCGUUGAUCAUUGGUCGUGCGAUAUGCGGUGUCGGUGCCGCUGGACUGUUCUCCGGCUCAUACACCAUCAUUGCGGUUCUGGUGCCUUCGGCAGAUAGACCAAAGUACAGCGGAUUGAUGGGUGCAGCUUAUGGCCUCGCCAGUGUUGUUGGUCCAUUGAUCGGCGGUGCAUUUACCAGCCAUGUCUCCUGGCGCUGGUGUUUCUACAUCAACCUUCCCGUAGGCGGUGUAUCAUGUCUUUUUAUCCUCCUCUUCUUCGCGAACGAACCACCCAAAUCUCGUCCCGACUGGCGUGGCAUGCUUCGCCAACUCGAUAUGCUCGGUCUAAUCCUCAUCGUUGGCGCUGUGACCUGCUUCAUCCUUGCCCUACAAUGGGGUGGUGUCUCGAAGGCUUGGAACAGCGGUGCCGUCAUUGGUACCCUCGUUGCAUUCGUCGUUUGCAUGAUCUUGUUCGUGAUUGAGCAAUGGUGGCUCGGUGAGAACGCUAUGGUCCAUAAACUCAUCAUCAAGCGGAGAACUAUCUGGGUCGGUUCAACGUUUUCGUUCCUAAUCAACUCCGCCUUCCUAGUUACGUUCUACUACUUGCCGAUUUACUUCCAAUCUGUGCAAGGUGUCUCAGCGUCAACGAGCGGUGUCCGCACAGUACCCUUUAUCCUGGCAGUCACUUUCUGUGUCGUGAUCGUUGGCCAGAUCAUUACGAAGACAGGAUACGCAUUCCCAUGGAUGAUCGGAGGAGCCGCCCUAACCACCAUCGGUUCCGGUAUGAUCUACACGUUUGAUACCGAUUCAUCUGCCGGCGUCUGGAUCGGCUACCAGAUCCUCUGCGGUAUCGGUGUCGGUGUGAGCUUCCAAGUUCCUGUUAUGCUCAUUCAGGCCACGACAAAGGAGGUUGACGUGCCAUUAGCCACGGCCACGCUGUUGUUCAUUCAAACCCUCGGUGGUGCUUUCGGUGUCUCGGCCGCCCAAGCUGCCUUCCAGAACACGCUUCUCAAGCAGCUGGCCAUCACGGCUCCUGGCCUCGAUCCCCAGAUCGUCCUGGACGCUGGUGCUUCCGACCUCAAGAGAAUAAUUCCCGAGCAAUUCUUGCAGGGAGUACUUGAAGCCUACGUAUCUGGUUUCCGGGAAUGUUUGAUCGUCGGUAUCGCCUUUGGUGGUGCCGCAUUCCUUGCUGCUUUCGGAUUCCGAUUUACAAACAUCAAGCGGACGGCAGCGGCGGAGGCGUAA